GCUCCUGCUUUCACAAAUGAAAACACAAAGAUGAGUUUGGAACAAAUGAAUUAUCGUGGAGUUCAGCCUGAAAUGUCUGCAGGUUAUAGGAUGAAGUUACAGACAAAUAUGAAUCAGAAUGAUUGAAAAAUGUAUUACGUUUAUUUAAAUGAUUACUGCUGUCAUCAGUUUUAUUGUUACUAUUUAAUGAAGUUAAAGUUUUUACUGCAUUUUGGUUUAUUGAUAUAAGUGUUAAAAUGAUUGAUGCUCAUUAUGCAUCUUAUCAGUCAGAUACAGAAAAUGUUAACGAAGAAAGAAAGACUGUUGUAACCCAGGUAAUUACUGGGCGAUGCCACUAAGACAGGAUGCUGUAAGAAAAUGUUUAUGCUUCUUUGUUCUGUUAUUUUACUGAGUUUAAUAAAGUCAAACUCACAGAAGGAUUUUAGUGACAGUUUGUUAGAAACGACCCGGCCGUCGAUCAGGAGGGAAAUCCACUAAAUGUCUUUUUUAAACAAGAUGGCCGAUCACAGAAUGCUGCAUCCAUGCAAAUUAUCGGGAAGUUAAGUGGAAGGAAAAAGUGUGCUAGAACCAGAGAUGUGUCCUUGAGAAGGGUUAGGACAUUAUUUUAUCUUAUGUAGUUUUUUGACUUUUUUUUCAGGUUUUUAAAAACAAGAAAAGUCAAUCAGAGAAAACAUACAAAACCAAGAAUAAAAUAAUUAGUUUACUUUCAGUUUGAAAAGGAGAAGGAAGAAGUGAACAUUAUUCAAUCCUGCCCCUUGUCUCAAUUUAAUGAAACAUGUUACCUACUGACUCAAAAAUGAUCCAAAAAUUGUAAUAAAACCAUUAUAAUAAUCAUGUAUCUGCUCAAUAAAAGAGCCAACAAAUAAAUGACAUUGAAUAGAAAAAUGGUUUCAAACUGACUCAGAACAAGACAAGAAAAUCUACGGAUCAAAAUAAUGGAGUUAAUGACAAUCAUGAAUAACAACCAGACAUCAGAAUAAUUACCAACUCUUCAUCGUUUUAAAGCUAAAGUCUAAUAAAUUUCUCAUGUUAAACUUUCUGACAUCAACAGUUUCCAGGCAGAGAUGAAGGUUUGGCUCUGCAGCAACAAACAAACUGAUUCUAUUGUCUUUUCCAUUGAAUCAGUUUAACUUUUCAACAGUCGGGACGCGAUUAGAAAGAGAUUUACCCUCCACACACUGUAAACACACACACACACACACACACAGACACACAUAUUCUGGAUGGAUUUUCAUAAGAGACUGCCCACAUUAUGUCACUGGUCAAAGUUAAACCGGCUCUUGAUCUGCUGCCUCUGGCUGCAAUCGGUUUGAAAUGCUGGGAGAACGGAAGCAGCCAGAGCCUUGCUGUGGAUUAUAAUCUGAGCUCAAAGGAAGUUUGGAGCAUAAUUUGCCCUUUGUAAUGGAGAAUACUGCAUGAUGAGAUCUGCUGGAGGGGAGGAGCCACGGGUUUGAUUUGAAGCUGAAGAGGCUGAGAGUUUAAAUGGUCAGAGACAGAAAAUGGGUUUGUGUCGUUCCUGUGGAGCCGAGGUGAAGAGAUGCAGAACAAGCAGCGAGCUGGCAGAGGGACGCUCUGCUUUCUCACCCAAGGAGCCCCAAACGCAACAAGAUUAUGAAGAUUUGACAUCUCUGCUGGGAAGCAAAACACUGUGGCUACAUAUUGAAAGCCAGGAUUAGUCGCCUUUUCAUUUCAUCUCUCUGGCCUGGCCUGGACCAUGAGGCUGGAGCGCGGCCGGCGAGCUUCCCUGGCAAUCACUCUCAACUUUGUGGCUUUGGCUUUCGCCGUGUCGGCGGUGACCACCAGCUACUGGUGCGAGGGGACCAGGAAGGUGGCCAAGCCCUUCUGCUCCGGGCCGCCGGUCCAAAUGAAGCAGAUGUACUGCAUCCGCUUCAACAGCACCAACCUCAACGACAGCCGGCAGGUGCAGUACAUCUUCGAGACGGGAGAGGAGAAGUUCAUCCUCAGGAAGUUCCACACCGGGAUAUUUUACUCCUGUGAGCAGGCUGUGGAUAUGAACGGAUUUGAUUGUCGAAGUUUUGCUGAGAUUGCUCCUGAACAUCAAAGAGGCGUGCUGUGGCUGUGUGUGGUUGCAGAGAGCCUGUACCUGGCUCUGCUCUUCGUGGGCGGGGUUCUGAUGAUUCUGGAGCAGAGCCGCUGCUUCAGCGUCAUGAACAAGCUGAAACUCAGUGCCUUCGCCGCCAUGUGCACCGCCCUCUCAGGCCUUUGUGGGAUGGUCGCCCACAUGAUGUUCACCACCAUAUUCCAUCUCUCCGUCUCUAUGGGACCUGAAGACUGGAGGCCCAAGACUUGGGACUACAGCUGGUCUUAUGCCUUAGCCUGGUGUUCGUUUGGCACCUGCAUGGGCUCUGCAGUCACAACCCUGAACAGAUACACCAAGACCAUCAUAGAGUUUAAAUACAAGCGGCACAACAUCGAGAAGAACCUGCUGAUCAAGCAGAAGAUGAUGGAGCUGGGUCUGCCUGAGCAGGUGUGGAACAUGUACCUGACCGCAGCUCCGGCUGACCUGGAGGUUCUGCCACAACCGCUGGUAAACGGCCACAAGCCUUCCACCGGAGCGCUGUACGUGUUUGAGGAGGUGGAGCAUCCACCGGAGCAGCAGGUGGAGGCGUACUGCUGAAGGAGGAGAAUAUUUACUCUCCCUGCUUCACAUC